UCUUGAGACUCUUUUGCGAAGUUUCCAACUUAAACACCGAUGGUUAUUGGAGGCAUCAUUGUUGAAAGUCUCUACCUGUUUCCUCUGUUACAGAUCUCUUUCUAUUCGAAGCCUUUUUUUUUUAUGCAUUAUCUGUGUGAAAAUUCUUGUUAAUUUGGAUUGGAAUGCUUUUUCUUUUUUUCAUUCACUGAAUCCCUUUGUUCACAAACAUUAGAGUAUGAUUUGAAUGCUUCUCACCUGUAAAAUAUACACGCAAUUGGACUUGGGCGGUAAAAAUCAGGUACUUACAAUCUUGGUUCUUGGAUUCGUAUACGAAACUUCCUGGUCACAUGUACACCGUACCCUUCCAAUUCAUUAUAUUCGACCAAAAACUAAAAUUUAAGGGCAACCCAAUUUCAUUGUCAAGAAGUAGCUAUGCUGUAAAGGACAGUUUUGCCUACAGGGUUUAUAGUGACAUUGAUCUUAGAAGGUUUAGGGUGGAAUUUGCUGGGAAAUUUCCUUACUGAAAGAGCACUUUAAAUUUAUAUCCACCGUGCUUCUGCCAUAACUCUUGCUCAGUAGUUCCUUGCAAUUCACUCUAGAAGUUCAAUUGUGGUGAAGUGGAGUUUUUCUCACUUGUCUCCUAAGACUGUUCCACGUUUGUCAUACUGUUUUCAUGGCCUCCAAUGGUGCAAAACAGCCACUGCUGUCAGGAUUAGUGGAUUCCACACUGCAAACAAAUAAUACACAUGCUCCCAAUAGAAGAAGAUUUCGCCGAGUUAGAAGUGCUCCUGUAACAGAGUUCGUUCCUUCAGAUGCUGGUCGCUCACUUUCACACCCUGAAUCCAUUUAUGGGAAGUUCUGUCCGAGUUUGAUUCAAGUAGCUGCUUUCUUGGCUGUCUACAUGUGUGUUGGCACCUUAUGCUUCUACUUGGUCAGGGAUGAUAUUGAAGGGACAAAAACAAAUCCAAUUAUCGAUGCUGUUUAUUUCGUUGUUGUGACUAUGACUACUGUAGGAUAUGGGGACCUAGUGCCAAAUACUGCCUUUGUGAAGAUGCUUGCCUCUGUUUUUGUCUUCUUAGGUAUGGCAAUUGUUGGAUUAAUACUAAGCAAAGCAGCAGAUUACCUGGUCGAGAAGCAGGAAAUAUUGCUGAUUAGAGCUUUAAAAAAGUAUCAUAAAAAGGGUCCAAGUCAAAUCAUGAAGGAUAUUGAAUCUAACAGAGUGAGAUACAAGUUCCUCUUGACAUUAGCCAUUAUGUUACUGCUUAUGGUGGUUGGAACCAUCUUCAUAUCUUCAGUCGAAGGUUUAGACCUUAUGAAUGCAAUCUAUUUUGUCUGUUCAACAGUCACAACCUUAGGUUAUGGAGAUAAGAGCUUCUCAACUAGAGGUGGGCGUGCAUUUGCCAUAUUUUGGAUACUGAUCAGUACAGUUGGUUUAGGUCAGUUUUUCUUCAACGUUGCUGAGAUGUUCACUGAAAGCAGACAAAGGGCACUGGUCAAUUGGGUCCUUACUAGAAAGAUGACCAACCUUGAUCUGGAGGCAGCUGAUAUUGAUAAUGAUGGAGUUGUUGGGGCUGCUGAGUUUGUCAUUUAUAAGCUUAAAGAGAUGGGUAAGAUUACAGAAGAAGAUAUCUCUCUUGUAAUGGAAGAGUUUGAGGAUCUUGAUGUUGAUCAAUCCGGAACCUUAUCAGCAUCUGAUUUAGUGCUUGCUCAAACAACACAGACAAAGAGGUGAUCUGAAGCAUCAUAAUGGGGUCAUCUACUCGUAAACUAUAUAAAAUUGUUAUCGUGUAAGGUUUACUUCCUGAGUUUUCAAUAUCUAUUUCAGGUUGUACGCUAUAUUUUCGAUUUAUCUUAAGAUUUGCCUGAGUUGAAGUUCUCUCA